UACAUAUUGGAACUUUCCAAUGCUGUUCCAUGAUGAUCAACCCGCUCAAGAAAUUUCUGAAAUGAAGAUGCAAUGUGGUUUACCAAGAACGCAGAAACCACCGAAGCAAAUAAAACUUCCGCAAUUCCGAUGCAUUUUAAGAACUGUGCCAAGUUUAAAGCCACACUUCGUCUCCUGGUAUCAAUGGUCACCAAUCAGCGCUGGGACGCAUUUAAGAGAAUAAAAAGUUGACGAAGUGUACGAAUAAUGAGACGCUUUAAAUACCCAUCCAUUACAUAAGAAGAAGUUGGUAACAAGAUACGAAGAAGAGUGAACAUAACAUGCAAGGAACAUAAUAAAAUGAGAAAGUUUUUCUUAUCCUUGGAAAUCGCAACAAAGGGAAUUUGAUAUGCCACGGCAAGGAGGAAGUGAAAAUACAAGCCUUUUAUUCGCUGCUGGCAGACUUGACAACUUCUGAAUGUCAUAACAGCCAUACCGUUCUUUUCCCAGCAAUAUCUGAAUGGUUUACGCUUUUAGUACCACAAAAUAAAUAUUCCGAUAUGGUGGGUAUUUUUAAGAGUAAUUGGGUACUUAGUAUUGAAGACCGGAGGUAACGUAUCAAACGUCGCUGUUGUCUGCAUUUGUGGCGUCUGCUUGCAAUGUCCACGUCUUUAAAUUAACUCAAUUUUCAGGUCCUGACAAAGGUAGGUUUUUUGUUUGUGGUGUCUGCGGUUGUCCGCGUCUCUUUUGGCUUUGUCGUCUGCUUUUUCCGUGUGCGCAGUAUGAGUGAGGAAUGAGAGGAAGUUGAACAGCAUUGCCUCAGUAAUUACUUUUUUUCCAGGGAUAAUUUUUAUUAGGACCAUACACCUUAAUUACUAAUUUUGUAAAACAAAAAUUGCAGCAACCACUCCCAAUCCUUGUCUGGAGUAUCGAGAUGCUCGUUAUCUAUCCGACGAUUGUGGAAACCAUAGCAGCACCGGAUACUGCGCGCAAAGCAACAGCGCAUGUCUGCCUUCCGAGGACGGCUUGGACUGGACUUGUAGAUGUAUCCAUAGCCAUUACAACCACAAUUCGUCGUGUGUUCCAGUUCCAAGUUCCCUUUUCGAACACAAGGUUAUGGCUUUGGGCAGUCUUAAAUCUGACAGGAUUGUUUUACUAUCACAGGAAGAUACAAAUAAUUCAGCUCCGUGCCAUUGUGGGCGUGGUCCCGGCGACUGAUCCAGACACCGUUGGAGUACUGAACUACAGUAUCACAGAUGAGGGCGGAGAUUCCAGAUUCCUGAUAGGUUCUUUCGGUGAGGUGUCCAUGGUGAACACAAGGAGGGGAGGUAACGCCAUCGUUACUGUGACGGACGGCGUGUUCUACGUCAACGCUUCCGUCAAGGUUAAUGUCGUGUCUGGAGAGACCAAUGAUACUCACGAACAUUUUAAUGUCUCUAAUUGUUCUAUAUUUGAAAACAAAGAUAAAGGGACAUCUUUCUGCAGCGUCUUUAAAGAAGGAUAUGUCGAUUAUACUUUUGACCCUCUGAGUGACCGGACUAAAUUCAAUUUGAAUAGCACUACGGGAAAUAUUACUACGAACGCUCCACUGGAUAGGGAAGAUAUUGACCAUUACGACUACUCCGUAAUAGCAAUACAAAGCAAAAACCCCUGUAAAUUCGCAACCAUUCCAGUGAAAAUCUCGGUUCUGGAUGAAAAUGACGAAACACCAAUGUUUGAUCAACCGGUAUAUAGAGGAAAAAUUCGAGAAAAUGCGAAUGGUACCAAAGUUACGUUGGAAACCCCAUUAAAAGUAACGGACAGAGAUUUGAAUUCUACUUUCAUAUUCAAUAUCUCUGGGACGGCGUUUACUAUCAGUUCCACUGGAGAGAUUUUCACAUCGGACGAGACUAUAGACAGGGAGACACACUCCAGCUAUAGCUUAACUGUGAUGGUCUCGGAUGAAAAACAUGAAACUUUUUCCAUUGUGGAGAUUUCAGUGGAAGACAUGAACGAUAAUCCGCCAAUGGCUUCUAACAUGACAUUCUCAGUUUUUGAAAACGCAACAGAAGACACAGACAUUGGACAGGUCUUUGCAACAGAUGCAGACAUAGGAAUAAAUGCGCAGCUCAUCUUCACAGACGCAAGCUCUGGAUACUUUGAAGUGAAUAUCACUGGAUUCUUGAAAGUAAACCGAUUGUUAGAUAGAGAGACAAAAGAUAAAGAUGUUUUCACUGUCAGUGUCUGUGACAGUGGAAGGGACAUAUCAUUGUGUAUAAUGCCCUGGAUCACUGUCAAUAUACUGGACGUAAACGAAGCGCCUAUUUUUAAAUAUAAUAAAGAAGUACCUGUUUAUCAUAUACCAGAGAAUUCCAACUGUUCUUCAAUAUCGGAUCUUACAGAAUUCUUUGUAGACGGGGAUCUUGGUGUCAACAGAGAACUUGACUUCAGCGUUUUGAGCGAGUCGGAUACAUUUCACAUCGAUUCCAAAGGUAAACUUUCCUGUCCCGACUUAGACUACGACGAUAGCUUGAAUAAGGUGUAUGCAUUAACUAUCCAGGCUACUGACAGAGGAGACCCUCCCUUGUCUACGAAUGGAACCAUAAUUAUCGUUGUUGAAGAUGUUAACGAUAAUGCCCCUAUACCUAGUGAUGAAACCAACUUCGAAAUUGUGUUUUACAGCGGGAGAUGUGAAAACUGCUCUAAACUGGUGGCACUAAUUACUGCAACAGACAAGGAUUCUGGUAGCAAUGGAGAAAUAGAGUUUCAAGAAAUUCGUGGUAAUGCCAGUACUUUUCUCGAAAUAGACAGCAGCACUGGAUUAAUUGAAGCACCCACUAAUGAUAUGAGUUUGUCUAACGGAACUUACCUGUAUAUCGUGAAUAUUACCGAUAAGGGCACUCCGUCCCGUGGUACAACAGUCACUCUCUCAUUUAACGUAGCUGUAUUGAUGAACACUCAAAUUUCUAGAGUUUUUGACAAGGACAAACUAAUAUUUAAUUGGACUGAGAAUGUUGCUUUUCCUUCACCUUUCAUUCCUGUUAAAAAUUUCACCAAAAAUUUCACAAUAAACCCGGCCAUGUCCAUUGAGAAAUUUGUUUUGCCCAACUACAACCUUGGGGAUUUCUACCUAAAUGGUUCUGAGCAAGAAUUUCUUUACGUGAACAGAACCAAACAUUCAACGUUUUUCGACCGAGAAACACAACAACAGUACAGAUUCAUUAUCCAAGCAAAACUUCCUCUCUACAGCAUGCUUGCUGAGUUAACCAUUACUAUCAUUGAUGUCAAUGACAAUCCGCCUCGAUUCCAAUCUGACAUAGCACAAGUAGCUGUCAUCAAAGAGAAUGCCACCAACGGCACGUCUCUUGACCUUACGUUUGUUGCAACGGACAGAGAUGAGGGUGAAAAUGCCCAGAUAGCUUACAAGAUUUCAAACGAUAAUUGUGACAAUGUUUUUCAACUUAACAAUUCUGAUUCCGGAAAUAUUGUUCUAAUUGGAAAACUGGAUUAUGAAGAUAAAGAGUACUGCAAUUUGACUCUUACGGUAUUCAACCCGAAUAAUGAAACCAUGCAGUCUUCCGUCGAUGUUCAUAUCGAGAUUGUGGACGUCAAUGAUAACUCGCCGUUAUUUGAUCAGUCCGUUUACCAUGUAUCCAUCAAUGAGAGGGUCAAAGACCUGGCAGAGGAAGAAGUGUUGGUAUAUAUCAAUGGAUUAAGUGUAACUGAUCCAGAUUCCAGACAAUUUGGAAAGAAGAGUGUUCGAAUUUCCAUCGAGAGACCAUCCGAAUGUCCUCUAUUAGUUAGAGAACACAAAGUUGACAAUUUUGUUCUGAUGAUUAACCAGAGUAUGACAUUAGACUAUGAGUCUACCAUCAACUUUAACUGUACAUUGAGAGCGACGGAUGGAGGUAAUUUGUCAUCAACUGCACUUUUGGAAAUCGAACUUCUUGACAUAAAUGACAACUCGCCAGAGGCAGAUGACGUCAUUGAGAGAGAAAUCCCGCGAAGUUCGGAGAUCGACUACGUGAUUGUUAGCCAAAUAAACGCCACUGACAGAGACAGUGGCAGAAAUGCUUUAUUAUCAUUUGAUUUCAGCACCAACGAUGAUGGAUAUUCUUACUUUAAAAUAGAUGCUACAAAUGGAAAAAUAUCUAUCGCAAAGAAUUUGACGACUCUUCAGUUGGACUCGGUAGAGCUUACAGUCAUUGUUAGCGACGAUGGUCUCCCCCAACCGCUGUCCACCUCAGUCAUGGUCAUGAUUAUUAUUACUGAUGACAACGAGCGCCCUUUCUUCUCUCAAGCUGAAUAUCGGAAAGGAGUUGAGGAGAACACCAAGUUAGAAGGCGUGCUUAUGACAGUGACUGCGCAGGACCGGAAGAAGGAAAAUAUAACUGCAUGCAAUUGCACUUACCGACUUAUUGAUAUCAGUGAUAAUUCCAACGAUUUUUACACGAUAGACGGUGUCACCGGGGAUUUGAUUGUAAAUGUGAGUGGGUAUGAUAGAGAGGAGGAGCCAUUUAUCACCCUGACGGUGGUGGCGAGGGACGAGGGAGGUAAGGAGACCAGCGCCAGGGUCAAUAUCACAGUGCUGGACCAGAACGACAAUGACCCAAAGUUUCUGGAGGAUUUCCAGUUUGAAGUCUAUCAGGAGGCCCCUGUCGGCACGUGCUUUGGUAUGGUGACAGCAGAGGACAAGGAUGAGGGAAUGAAUGCCGUCACACUGUACAAGAUCAUCAGGGAUUCCAACACUUCCAGUAACUACAACGAUAGCGUGAUCGUCAUAAAAGAAACCACUGGAGAACUGUGUAGCAAUGAAUCCCUGAACAUUGGGGCAGUCAGAGACUUCACGGAACACGUAAGGGUGGAAGCUAUUGAUAAAGGUGACCGCAACAGGAGAAACAGAGUGACUGUGUCCGUGAUAAUCAAAUACAAGGACACAAACCAGCACCACCCUACCAUCAUCCAGGUCGAACAAGGCGAUAUUGAACCAAUCAGUCUGAAGAGUCGUCAAACGAAUAUACCUGUCACGACCUUGAGUGCAAAUGACCCUGACGAGGGGAAGGACGGCGAGGUGGAGUUCAGCAUACUGGAAGGAAACGUUCUGGACAUGUUCACGAUAGACAGAGAUACGGGCGACCUGUCGUUCAGCAGUAAGAUUACGAUGAUAGGGAGCCAUCCAGUCUAUUUAACUGUUCAAGCUACGGACAAGGGUGUCCAUCCAAAAUCAAGCACUUUAACGCUCAAUUUGACCUUGGAAGGUGAAAAGGAGAGCUACAUCGCUGAUAAAGUCAAAUCUGCAGAAGAGUUUAUGACCUACACGUGGUCGCUAGUGGGCGUUGCCUGCUUCCUCAUCCUAGUCACGGCGGCUGCGGUUUUCGGGUUUUGCCAGUCCCGUAUAAAGGCCCAUAGGGAUUCUGAGUUAGAUGACGACUUCCGGAGGACUUUAAACGGUCUGAAGCAUAACGUGAGCUACGGUUUCAACAUGCCACAGAUGCACAUGUUUCAGCAAGAUCGGACAGACACAAACGCACAAAGAAGAACACGCCUUAGAUCUGACAGUACCAGUUUUGAAAGUAGUCAAGACAGGUACCCCCCAGAGAGAGACGUGCCAGAGGAGUUCGACCAGAGGAGGAGUUUCAGAAUUUCUCUGUUUGAUCCAUCCCCGGAACGACAUGCCUCGGCGCCCCAACUCCCACCACCCAGGGAAUCUAGUGGGCCAUUAAUUCCUAAACCUGACUAUAAUUAGCAAAUGUCAUGUACCAUUGUAUGAGUUGUAUAAAGUAUUGAAGUAUCAUUUUUACAUCUUUGAUUGCGAGUUUUCAGGGAAACACUUUAUAUAUGAGUGAAAUUGCUUUUCAUGCCCCAUUACUUUACCAUGUGAUUAUAAUAUUUAUGUUUAUAACCAAAUAUUUCUUGCAGCAAACUGUUUCGUAAUGUUUCAAUUAUAUAAUCAACACCACAUUGUGAUUGUUUUGUUUACUUUACGCUUCUGGAAUACUUGUGCACGGGUAUUUUACCACUCAUAAUUACUAUGUAUCAAUACUUUACCUUCAUUAAAUUGUUAUCCAUUGUUCGUAAUGUUCCAUGUCUCAUGAAUGAUGCAUUUUAAAAUCAAUAUAUUAAAGAGUUUUUUCCGUUG